AUGGAUGUGGAACUUGUGAUACAUGGACAAGAGGUAGUAUUAGCCGCAGUAAUGGCUCAACCGACUUUACUUGAAGAGAUCAAGUUACAUCAAAUGAAGGAUGAUAUUCUAAAGAAGAUAGGGAUCCGAAGUUUGUUUCCAGAUUCUGGAAAAGUUUACAGGAAGCCAUGGUUGACCACUGAAAAGGUUAAAACUAUUCGGGAGCGAUUGAAAACUGCUCAAAGUAGGCAGAAGAGUUAUGCGGACAACCGACGGAGGGACUUAGAAUUUAAAGUGGAUGAUCAUGUCUUUGUGAAGGUCACUCCGAUGAAAGGCCACCCAAGGUUUGGAAAAAGAGGCCACAACACGUCCUCAAUAACAUGGGAGAAUUGUUCAAGGACAGCAACGGAAACUACAACAGCCCUUUCAUAUUUGCACCCUGCCGCUAGUACUCCUAUCAUUCAUGGAGAUGUUAAGUCCACUUACAUACUCUUUGAUGACAAUUACAUUGGUAAAGUAUAUGAUUUUGGAGCUUCAAGGUUGAUUCCCAUAGACCAAUCUCAGUUAACCACAUUGGUUCAUGGGACACUUGGUUACUUGGAUCUAGUCUUCGGGGUUGUCCUUGUGGAGCUACUAACCGGAAAGAAGGCACUUUCCUUUGCCAGGCCUGAAGUUGAAAGAAAUUUAACCAAGUAUUUUGUUUUCUUAAUGAAAGAAGAUCACUUGUUUGAAAUUGUUGAUGAACAGGUAAUGAAUGAAGUGAAGGUUGACCAGCUAAAGAAAGUUUCUAUUUUAGCAAAGAGAUGCUUAAGACUGAAAGGCAAUGAAUGGCCAACUAUGAAGGAAGUGGUAAUGGAGCUGGAGGGAUUAAGAAUGAUGGAGAAACAUCCAUGGGUUGAUGAUAACAAAAACUUAGAAGAGACUCAAUACUUGCUUGGAGACCAACUUUCAGAUACUUACGGUGGUGGCACUAGUGUGAGCAAUUCAAGAACUUGA